AGUGAAACGUCAGUACCUGGCCCUCGAGGAAAAAAAGAGAGAGAGAGAAAGGGAGAGAGGGAGGGGGGAGAAGGGGGGGGAGGAAGGGGAGGAAGACCUGGCUGAAGCCACACACUCCAGCAGCCUUGGUACCAGCUGAGUUUCGAGAAGAGACAUUUGGGUCCUCUGAACUUUCCUCUGAGCAUCCCUUUCUCUCAAGCCAUCUGAGGGAAGAGGGCUUGAGAGGGACAGAAGGAGGAAGCCUCAGGAGGUGCUGGCCAGGGAGCCCGGAGACAUGGAGGAGGAGAGGGAGGGGGAGGGAAAGAGAAAAGGAGGGAAGGAAGGCAAGCUGUUCUCCUGAAACAACCUGGGAUUCCAAGAGGGAAAUCCUUGUCUGCCUCCACACUGAUUGCAGCGUUCCUGGGCCAGAAUCUUGCAGUGGGGACUUCUCACCACUCCCUGCGGAAUCCAGGAAAAGAACACUGGACUAGGAGCAAGUUAGAAGGAAAACCUAGAACUGGCCCUUUGACCACCCUUCGGUCUUCUUCCUGUGGUCCUGGAUCUUCUGGACCCAUGCUCUCCCCCAACCUGCCCACUAACAUACAGAUGGAAGACACCUUCCCAGGCAAGUGUUUUUUCUGGUCCUUUUCUCACCAGGACGGGAAAAGCCUCCCUUGCUAAGGACCCUGCCACCUCCUGGUGGAACCCAUGGAGACCCACUUCAACCUGGGUAUCCUUCCCAGAAGGCUAAUCCCUUGUCUCUCUUCGACUAUUAAAUACCUCCAUGAAAUGGGGUCGGCAGCCCUGAGUGCUAGGAUCCAAAGGACUGGAUUUGCCCCCUAAGAGAUUUCAGUGGCUUGAGUAAGUCCUGGGACCUUAGGUGGGGUGGGGGUGGGGAGUGGCAGGUGCCAAAUCGAGCCUUCAGCCCUCCCCUAUUCCCCCAGUGAGACACUUAACCCAGAAUACCUUGGGAACUUUGAUGAUUUUUGAUGGCCCAGAGUAUCCUGGGCCAGUGUUUCAAGGACUGCUGCCAACUGGUCCCACUGGAUGUCUCCCUUGGUUUCUACAGUCUUGAUCAUCUUUCCAGAACCUCGGGGGGCCUUGACUGAGACUCCCUGCAUUCCCACCAGGUGCCACCAAAGGAACCCUGCUGGUGCUUCUCACCUGGGGAGCCCAGGCUCCCAGGCUGGCCAGAGCCAAUGAUAGUCAGUGGACAAAAGCCCCACCUCCCCCAGCCCCCGGCCACAAUGUAGCUGCCUUCUUGCCCCAGUGACUCUUGUCUGAGACCCAGGGAGGGCUAUGGGCUCCUCUUGGCCAUGCUGCUGCUGGCAGAGGAUUGAGAUGGGCCCCGCUUGGUCCCAGCUGGUCCGCCCCUGCUCCCCCAAGCCAGCCCUGCUGCUGGCCUCGCUUCUCUUGACAGCAGGGCUGGCCCUGGCUGAUGCUGUUGCCAGCUGCCCGGUCCUGUGCACCUGCCGCAGCCAAGUGGUCGACUGCAGCAGCCAGCGCCUUUUCUCUGUGCCUCCUGACCUCCCACUGGACACCCGGAACCUCAGCCUCGCCCACAAUCGCAUUGCCACCGUCCCGCCAGGCUACCUUACCUGUUAUGGGGAACUCCGGGUACUGGACCUGCGGAACAACUCCUUGGUAGAGCUGCCCCCCGGGCUCUUCCUCCACGCCAAGAGACUGGCCCACCUGGACUUGAGCUACAACAACUUCAGCCACGUCCCUGCCGACAUGUUCGUCGAGGCUCGAGGGCUGCUCCGCAUUGACCUGAGCCAUAACCCUUGGCUCCGAAAAGUGCACCCCAAGGCCUUCCAGGGCCUCUCCCAGCUCCGAGAACUGGACCUCAGCUAUGGAGGACUGGCUUUCCUCAGCCUCGAGGCCCUGGAGGGGCUGCCGGGGCUGGUGACUCUGCAGAUUGGGGGGAACCCCUGGGUGUGCGGCUGCACCAUGGAGCCCCUCUUGAAGUGGCUGAGGAACAGGAUCCAGCGCUGCACAGCAGACUCCCAGUUGGCCGAGUGCCGGGGACCCCCAGAAGUGGAGGGUGCCCCCCUGUUCUCCCUCACAGAGGAAAGCUUCAAAGCUUGUCACCUGACCUUGACACUGGAUGAUUACCUAUUCAUUGCCUUCGUGGGCUUUGUGGUCUCCAUCGCUUCUGUAGCCACCAAUUUUCUCCUGGGGAUCACCGCUAACUGCUGUCACCGCUGGAACAAGGCAAGUGAAGAGGAAGAGAUCUGACUCAGUUUCCCUGUAUUCCCCUCCACGUUGUUGUAUUGCUACCACUGACAAUGCUAAGCCAGAAAGGAUGAGGGGAUCACAGGCUCCCUUCCAUGACUCCUCCUCCCCCCAUGGCCCUUCCAACCACUGUCACUGUUAAAAUGAGAUUAGUCAUCAGAGAAUGCUGCCAAUACCAACCAACCUAGAUGACCAUCUGCCAGCUAUUGGCUCUCCUGACUCCUGGUACCUGAAAGCUUCCCAUACCAACUUCCUUCAAGUCCAGUAGACCUCCUCCUACUUGGCUACUGCCAUCAAGAAAGAAAACACCUUCCCAGCUUUUGUCAAUCUCCUCUCAUUUCUCCAUCAAUUGUAUCCAGCCUGAAAGGUUAAGGUGAUCAGCCAGAAUAAUUGCAAUUCUCAAGGCUCCAUUUCCUUUUCUGUGCUCAAUCCUCCCCACUUUAAGAUUUAGGAUUCCUAGAGGAAAUGGAGUCAUGCCAUCCUGGAACUCUUGGCCCUGUGAACUGCGCAAAACAAAAAACUCUGCCACUGAAUGACAAAACCAUAACUAGAGUGGGGUGAUCAGGACAUUUCCCCAGGACACCAAAAUUUAGAGGGUGCAGAUAGCAUUUGUACUUCUGCAGCAUAAACACAACUGAAUUUAGAACCUAGUUUAACAGGAAUAGUUAAAAUAGUGAUAUCCCAUUGUUAUUACACUCCAUCCUCCCUCACCAAAAUGAAAUUUGUCUUCGAAUUUCCAGAAGAGAUUUUGUGAGGUUUGCCCCAGGCCCCAAACUUGCUAUUUAUGAUUCUGGUAAAGGGUGAUGGAGAUAGAGAAGAAUGGAGUACAAACCCCUGAGUGGGGGAUAAGAGUGAAGAAGGAGAAACCAAGAAUAAUCUAGGUUUAUUCUCACUCAUUAAGAGGCAUGUCGUUCUGAGGGGUCAGUUUCUCAAUAUUGUCAUAACCCCUGAAGCUGAUCCAAUUUCCUCCUUCACUGUGAUUAGAGAGUAACUUCAUCCCUUUAUUGGAUAAUUCCAACAAGCAAGUAGGAAGAACCUACCCUGUGUAGAGAGCAGUGGUGAGGAUACAAAAGUAAAACAAAAACAGUCCUGUCCUCAAGGAGUUUACAUUCUACUGGGAUGAGACAAUAUGUAAGCAGGAUAAUUUGAGGGAAAAGAGAGAUUACUAACAACAAAGGGCAUCCAGAAAGGUAUCCACAAGAGGUGGUACAUGAGCUGAGCCUUGAAGGAAGCAAAGGAUUCUAAGAGGUGAAGGUGAGUAGAGAAUGAGUUUGCAAAAACAUGAUGUCGGUCUGAGCAAAGACAAUGAGACAGGAAAUAGAAUGUGGAGCUGGAAAGCAGCAAGUAGGCUAUUUUGGUUGGGACAGUGUGUGGAGGAGUCAUGUGGGGGAAAAUCCUAGAAAAGAAGGCUGGGGCCAGAUUUCCACAGACUGGAAAGCAUUAAAUGCCAAGAUGAGAAAUUUGUACUUGAUCAUAAAGGCAAUAAGGAACUCUUAAAAGUUCUUGAGCAGGAGGCAGCUAGAUGGUUCAGUGGAUAGAGUACCAGGGCCAGAUAUGGGAGAUUCUGGGUUCAAAUCUGGACUCAGAUACUUCCUAGCUAUGUGAUCCUGGGCAAGUCACUUAACCUCCAUUGCCUAGCCCUUACUGCUCCUCUGCCUUGGAACCAAUAAACAGUACUGGUUCCAAAAUGGAAGGUAAGGGUUCAGAAGAGUGACAAGACCUAACCAAGAGCAAGUUAGAUCUAUGCUUAUCUGUCUUUUCUAUUUCAAGUGAUUAUUAAUAAACUUCAUGGAAAAUAAAAAAGAGCAAGUUAGAAAUACAUAUACACAGACAUAUUUAUAUAUUUUAAGAAUGGUAGGACUAAAAUAUGUCCUGGAGAGCCAUUCAUUGGUCAGUGAGAAAAAUAUUUCCUAAGUAUUUGGGAAAUACCGUAUACUAGGCAUUCAACAUCCCUCAACACUUGCCACAGUGUUCUGCACACAGUAGGCCUUUAACAAAUGUUUCCUGAUAGAUGUACUGAUUGAAAAGUUGGGUUGCAAGGCUUUGGGACUAAAAAGAUGGGAAUAGAUGGACAUAGAGAAUGGGUCAUGUGGCCAUAAGCAGGCCCAGAGCAUAGGCGCCACUACUUGGCAGAAGGCCAAAGAUAAUGCUCACCCCAAUACACCCAUGGUCUAUACUAAUCAAUAGCAAUGCCAUUUGGUAGACCAUAAGCAAAGAAGAAAUUUAUUAUAGCACAGAUACAAAUAUACUAAAUAUUAAUUCAUUCAAUAAAAAUUUGAUCAGGA